AUGUCGCCCGGACCCACACGAGCGGGAGGCACCGGCCCCGGGACGGCCCCACUCGCUGCCCGCUGGGGCUCGGGCGAGCGGCGCCGGGCGCCACGGGAACUCUGGCGGGCGGGGAAUGCGCCGUGCCCCGGCCGUCCCGGGGAAGCUCGUCCCUCCCGUCGGCCUCGCACAGGACACAAAGUCCCGGCGGGCGAGCGGAGGCUCCGCCGCAUCCACCUCCUCAGACGGCCGCGGCAGUGCUCAGCCCGGGACGGAAGGGCGGGAUGGGGCCACCCCCGCCUCCCAGCGCCGCAACCGCCGCAGUCCGCAGGGGAAGAGCUGUUCCGGGCACCCGCACGGCCGCGGCCCCCGGCGGUGCUAAGCGGCCUCCGGGCGUCCGGGAACCCGCCACGAGACAUCAGCGGGAGGUGCCGCACAGGGGAGCGGCGCUGCCGCCGCACGACUGCCCAUGAAGGGGCAGCGCCGAGCGCGGCAGGGCGAGCGGCCGGCCAAGGCACCUGCACGGCCGCGGGGCUCGGGAGAAUCACCGCAACUCAAAGUACCCCCCUGAUCCUGAUCCUCCCCUCCCCGCAGCCCCCGUACUCGGCCGAACGCGGCGCAGGUGGAACUCACGGGAGGAACGUGCGCCGCACGACCGACUACCAGCCGACCUCCCCUCCCACUGCCAGCAGCGACACCGACACCGGGGUCGGCCGCCGCGACACCCCCCUUCCUGCCCCGCCCCGAGACCUCCCCCCUCGCGCCCCGCCCCGCCCCGCCCCGCCCGGCGCGGGGGACGCGGAGGCGCUCACGUCGGCCCGCUAG